UCGAAUGAAAGGAAACAACCUCCGGCGACAGAGCCCCGCUCCCAGGCGCUGCCGGAGAACCGACACCGACUUCUUUCUCUUUCCCCUCAUUGGCGCUUCUCCCCUGCCGUUCGCCUCCGGGCCCCGCCGCAUUUCUUGAGGCUUAAAGUGGCAUUCUAAAAGCAAUUUAAAAAUCAUGUCAAGCUCAGUUGAACAGAAAAAAGGGCCCACAAGACAGCGCAAGUGUGGCUUUUGUAAGUCAAAUAGAGACAAGGAGUGUGGACAGUUACUAAUCUCGGCAAACCAGAAGGUGGCAGCGCACCAUAAGUGCAUGCUCUUUUCAUCUGCUUUGGUAUCAUCACACUCUGAUAACGAAAGUCUUGGUGGAUUUUCUAUUGAAGAUGUCCAAAAGGAAAUUAAAAGAGGCACGAAGCUGAUGUGUUCUCUGUGCCAUUGUCCUGGAGCAACGAUUGGUUGUGAUGUGAAAACAUGUCACAGGACAUACCACUACCACUGUGCGUUGCAUGAUAAAGCUCAGAUACGAGAGAAACCUUCACAAGGAAUUUACAUGGUUUAUUGCCGAAAACACAAGAAAACUGCACAUAACUCAGAAGCUGAUUUAGAAGAAAGUUUUAAUGAACAUGAACUGGAGCCCUCAUCACCUAAAAGUAAAAAGAAAAGUCGCAAAGGAAGGCCACGCAAAACCAAUUUUAAAGGGCUCUCGGAAGAUACCAGGUCUACAUCCUCUCAUGGAACAGAUGAAAUGGAAAGUAGUUCCUACAGAGAUAGAUCUCCACAUAGAAGCAGCCCUAGUGACACCAGGCCUAAAUGUGGAUUUUGUCAUGUAGGGGAGGAAGAAAAUGAAGCCAGAGGAAAACUGCAUAUAUUUAAUGCCAAGAAGGCAGCUGCACAUUAUAAGUGCAUGUUAUUUUCUUCUGGCACAGUGCAGCUCACAACAACAUCAAGAGCAGAAUUUGGAGAUUUUGAUAUUAAAACUGUACUUCAGGAGAUUAAGCGAGGAAAAAGAAUGGUCUGUGGUUUUAUGUUUAUGCUAUGCAACGUUACUCUUCUGACUUUCUCCUUUAAACUUAGAACACAUCUCAAAUUUAUCCAGUCAUCAAAAAAUUUAAUAUAAAGUAGUACAUAUGUUAAAGCAAGUAUCUAUUUGACUUAUUUGUAAUAUAAUAAAGGAUGCUGAUGUUACUGAAACUUAUUCCUCUUUCUAUGUACCUUCAUUACUUCAGAGAAUUACGCUGAGAUUUAUAUUUCAAGGUAUCUGAGGGUCUUUUAAUAAAAUAAAUGAAGAUGUGAAUGUGACACACCUAAUUAAGUUUAAAAUGUUAUAUUAUUUAAGUUUGCUUAAAGAACAACUCCAUAACCCUACUAGAGCAUUGGGAAUUUGCCCAUGUUGUUAUUUUAUUUUAUUUUUUUUAAUAAAAGGAAAAGAUUUUUUUCAGAGCCUUCUGUUUAGUUAAAGUUCACAUAAGCAAACAGUUAUGUCUCU